CUUUAAUCUUUUAUUCCAUUCCUUCACGGUUCUUCCACCCAAACAAGAAUUUCUCUCAAUUCUUCAUAUUUCCUUAUUCUCUAUUUUUUUUCAUUACCCAGGAAAAAUGUUUUACUUUCCAGUUGCAAGAAAAGUCGCCUUUAAAAGUCUAUUCCUUUAGUGUUAAUUUUUCUCUCUUUCUAUCUGGAUUCUGACAAACCAUGACAAUUCUUUAUAACCCAUUUUUCCUCUUGUUUAUAACUUUCAUUGUCAUGUUCCUUUUCCGGGUUGUUUUGAUCAAGACCGGACUGAUUUAUAUUGUCAAGAAAAAAUGGCGUUUACUCGAAGAUUGCUUCCAUGUCUACCAGUUGUUCAAAGUCCCCAGAUUCAGCGAAAGCAUGCAAAUGAACCAUCUCUAUCACAAAGUUUGGGUUUAUCUUAAUUCUCUCACUUCCGUUGAAGAUUCCGAUUUCACUAACCUCUUCACCGGCAAAAAACCAAAUGAAAUCGUUCUCCGCCUCGACCCCAACCAAAUCAUCGAAGACGAUUUUCUGGGUGCCAAGAUUUUUUGGAUUAACGAAGACAACAAUUUGGUGUUGAAGAUUCGAAAAGCCGAUAAACAAAGAGUUCUACGGCCGUACCUUCAACAUAUCCACUCAGUUUCCGAUGAUUUGGAAGACCAGAAACGAGAUUUGAAGCUUUACAUGAACGUCGUCGACAAUCAAAAGGGAUGGUGGAGAUCCGUUCUGUUCACGCAUCCUUCAACGUUUGAAACGAUAGUCAUGGAAUCCGACCUUAAGAACAAAGUCAAAUCCGAUCUCGAGUCUUUCCUCAAAGCAAAACAGUAUUAUCAUAGACUGGGUCGUGUUUGGAAACGGAGCUAUCUUCUUUACGGCCCUUCAGGUACCGGAAAAUCAAGUUUUAUAGCAGCUUUGGCUAAUUUCUUGAGUUACGAUGUUUACGACAUCGAUUUGUCCAAAGUUCCCGAUGACUCCGUCCUUAAACUUCUUUUGUUGCAAAGCACGGCCAAAUCCGUGAUCGUCAUCGAGGACCUUGACCGGUACUUGUCCGAAAAGCCAACGGCGGUGAGUUUGACGGGACUUUUAAAUUUCAUGGACGGGAUUUUAACAUCCAGCUGCGGCGAAGAAAGAGUCAUGGUGUUCACAAUGAACGGCAAAGAUCACGUUGACCCGGCAAUUCUCCGACCCGGAAGGAUUGAUGUUCAUAUACGUUUUCCUUUAUGCGAUUUCACGGCAUUUAAAACGCUGGCCAAUAAUUAUCUGGGCCUCAAGGAUCACAAGCUAUUCCCGCAGGUAGAGGAGAUUUUCCAAAAGGGGUCGAGUUUAAGCCCGGCCGAGAUAGGCGAGUUAAUGAUAGCGAACAGGAAUUCGCCGAGCCGGGCUUUGAAAUCCGUAAUCAGUGCUUUACAAACGGAGGGCGAUGGACGGUCGAGUAAAGCGUUAGAUGAAGGUGGCGAACCGAGCGGAGUAUUUGGCAAGGAAGGAGCAAUUGCGGUUAAGGAAUUUAAGAAAUUGUAUGGGUUGUUGAGGGUGAAAAGCAGUAGAAAAUCUCAGUCGUUGGAUCUAAGCAGUGAUCCAAAGGAGGGUGAAUAAUGAUGAAUCCUCAUCAGCUUUGUUGUUCUACUUUUAUUUGAUUUCGUUUUUUUAAUAGCAAAAUUAGAAUUCGAAAA